AUGGAUCCCUCGCCGGUGGUGGCGGCGGCGUCGAGCUCCACGAAGCCGGCCAAAGGGAUCCUGAAGAACCGAUCCAGCACCUCCGCCAUCGGCCUGGCGGGCGCGGAGAGCAGCGCGAGCCUCUUUCCGGCGACGCUGCCCUACAGCAACCCCAACUCCCGGCGGACCUCUGAGGCGACCGGCGUCGACGACCCCGGCCGGUCGCCCUGGCCACCAGCUGUGGAGGGAGGGUCGCUGUUGCCACCUCCAGGUCGGGAAACUCCUGGAGCUUCUCCUUCUGCAGAUGUGUUCCUGGAACAGCUGGAAAAGUCUGCAGAAGCUCUUCGCGAUUAUGGGAUUUCAGUCUUGAAGGUGAACUGCCACCAAGGGGAAAUGUCAGCGUACUGCAAAGAGGACAGUUCCGUGGGAAAAGCCUACCUGUUCAAGGGCCAUACGCUGAUUCGUGUGCUCCCGACGGAUGCUUUGUUCAGCGUGGAUGCCAUCGUAGCAAAUGUCCUCUUUGCCCUCCUCUUCAAUGAAGUUAAAUACGUUGCCACCCCAGAGGACCUCAGGAAUCUUGAAAAUGAUCUUCGGGGUCAGUCAGACCUUGUGUUUGUCUACGUCCAAGCAGUUGGGACUGCAGAGCACAGAGUUCUGAUGGAGGUGGCCUUCGUCUAUGGCUCUCUGCACCGGUUUGCCCUGACCACCGAAGUGACGCUUCUGAAGAGCAUCCACGAUGAAGAGACUGACACGCCGGCCUCGAAACUCUUCUUCUGCCACUGCAAGGUGGCCACCGAUCCGGGCCAGCCGUGCCGCCGGACUCUGAUGGAACAGCCGCUGACCACGCUGGACGUCCACAAGUUCCUGAAGUUGAUGGGGGAGCCUCUCGUGAUGGAGGUCGCGGCAAACCCAGAGGAGGUUUCGACCGCUCACUUCCAGCUCGGCCUUCCGCUGAUCUUCGUUCUCACCCAGAGAGAAACACUGGAGGCCGACCGAAGAACUGCCGAAUUCGUGGCCUGGAGGUUGCUGGGGAAAGCGGGGGUUGUCCUUUUGUCAAGGGGCGUUGCCGGUUUGGACUUCCUUCUCCGGUAUAACGUGGCCAUCAAGACAGCGGCUGAGGGUGUGAAGUAUCUUGUCUUGAAGGACACGGAUGAAAUCAUUGCGCUGGUGGAAAGUGGUAAACAGAGCGACUCUGUCCCAAAAUAUGAAGAGGAAGAGGAAGAAGAAGAGGAGGAAGCUGGGGAAAGCUAUGAGCAAGAGAUCCAAGACGAUGAGGUGGUGGAAUCCGUUGUCCGGGACAGGAAGCACGAACUCUCCCUGGAACACAUCCAGACCCUGACAGAAGAGUCCUUCAGCGCCGCUCUAGCCAACUCUGACUUCAUGGUGGUUCUGUUCUAUGCCAGUUGGGAAGCCGUCUCCCUGGUCAUGAUGCAGUCUUACGCGCAAGCGGCCGCUCGUCUGAAAGGUAUGGAUGCCAAAGAUCAGAGAGCUGCUAAAAUCAAUUCCAAAGGCCUUAGAGCAGAAUAUGCCAAACAGUUCUACGGCCUGAAUUCGCUGGCACCCGUUCUUAGUGACCAAGCUAACAGCAAGGAUGCAAAUCCUAAGACCGCAUUUCCGGGGAUCAACAACCAGCUUAACCCCUCCCCCCAAAUAACAAUAAUGAGCAUCACAAUAGCAAUGAAACCACAGAUGUCCAGCAACGCCAGUAUGACUGCGGGGGUCGUCUGUGGUCAGCUGCGAUGCUACGCAGCCAGGAAAAGGCAGGUACAAAAACAGCAGACGCACCUCAGUCAGAGGCUCCUGCAUUUGAAGCGCGGGGGAUGGGACUCCGUGUCUUCUUUCCAAGUUCACACUAAGGAAUGUGUGGGUGAACUUUCCCGCCACAGGGAAGGAGCAACUUGGGACCGUAGCGACGUAAUGCGCACAGCUGCUUCCGUUCUCACCGAGGGUUCCUUCCGCCAUUGGCAUCAUGAGAUGGCAGAACUGGAAAGACCAACGCAGAAUUAUCCUCGAGAGACACCCAGCUGCCGUUAUGGCUGGCACCAGAACAUCCUUAUUGUUUUAUGA